UAUUGUAACUUUAGAAGCUUGGAGCCUAAUAUUCGCUUCUUAGCGAUGGCAAUAAAGUGUUCCUCUGAACAAUAGCAAUAAAUCGUGUAUAAAACUUUACACUGAAUGUAAUUUUAAGUAAAAUGUAUUUUAUUUGAGAGACAAUGAGCGAUAGUGCCGCUGAAUGUUCUGAAACUCUAGAUCCUCGGGUACAGAUUGAGCUAGAAAGGCUUAAUACAGCCACAGAUGAAAUAAAUAGACUAGAAGUAGAGUUAGACGAAGCCCGUCUUGCCUUCCGUAGACUCCUUGCCGAGGGCCACCUGCGGAUACAGCAACUGACUAAGAAACUUGGCACGAGUAUACAUAAAGCACGGCCUUAUUAUGAAGCUAGAUUUAGAGCUAAUAUUACGUCUCAAGAGCUACAAGCAGCCAACCUUGCAUAUGACAAAGCAAACAGUGCUCAUGCAGCGGCAAGGGAAAUGGUGUAUUUGGCAGAACAGGGCUUGGCAAGACUUGCUGAAGGUUCUGGUGGGGUCACUCUGGACCCCGCCUGGCAAGAAAUGCUCAAUCAUGCUACACACCGUGUUAACCAAGCGGAGUCAGACCGAGCGUCCGCGACGGUGACGCAGCGGUCUAAGGCCGCGACACACAGGGCGGCCGCCACGCUGGUACAGCAACUACAGAAUAGCCUAAAACGACACAUCGCUAAGUCAAGACCAUAUUUUGAAGAGAAAGCUCGAAUAAAUUCUGCAUUGGAAACUCAAAAAGCCAGGAUACAGACCUUAGAGGAACAAGUGGCGGAAGCUAAGCAGAAAUAUUCUUCAGCUUUGAGAAACUUGGAGCGAAUAUCUGACGAAAUACACCGACAUCGAUCUAGGAGGCAGUCUGCUAAGAAUGAAAUAGAUCGCUCAACAAUAACAGACACGGCGAGUGAAUCAAACGCAAGCGAAACUUUAGAAGAAAUUUGCUCGCAAAACAAUGAUGAAAAUGUACGCGAGUGGUUACGGAGAGUAGAUAGAAGCGACCCGGACACUUGGACAGAGAUCGACCUUGACUACUCCAGCCCUGAAGAGAUAAGUUUCGAAAAAUGUUUGCUACGACCUCGGUCGUCACCAGACAAGUCAUCACCGCCCAGUCCAGCGGAAUGCCGUGCAUCGGCCGCAUCCCCCCGGCGGAUCAUCACCAGGGCGAGGGACCAGGCCUUGCGGGCUGAACUCGAACGAGGUCGCAGACAGAGUCUCGACGCUCUAUUGCAUGAUACUGGCGAGAAGGUCAAGGAAAUGUUCCAGGGGCUGUCUCUGUUCGGCGAGCGGCGCGGCUCGGGCCCGGGCUCCGCCCCGCGCACCCCGCGCCGCGCCUCCCCGCGCCGCCGCUCGCCCGCCUCCUCCGCCUCCGACGAGCGCUACUCCGACACCGACAGCCUGGCCAGUGUGGAGAUGCUAACAGACGAACAGAUAGCAUCUCUAAUGCUGGACGCUCAGUUGGAAGCGGUGUGUGAACGUCUCGCCGGCGUUGCGAGUUGCAGAGUAGCGAGGUCUCCGCAUUCCCCUGAAGCGCGAUAUUAA